AUGAUGAUGCCCUCACUUGAAGUCUAAAAUAAUCAAUAGGAAAAUGGGAAUAUUGAUAACAAAGAAAAUGUCUUCCUCGAAUUACCACUUUCUAUCAAGAAUAUGAAUAAACAGGGUCAGCUAUUAAACAGCAGCUAAGGUGGAGAUCAAGAAUGUAACUAUGCUAGAGUGGUGCCGUUUAUACCUGAAAAUGCAACGGAGAAAGAACAGAAAAUUCACUCUUUCCUAAAUUAGUUCAAUGUGUUCGCUGUGAAUAUCAAAGAGAUGAUUGAGGACUUUUCGAAAACCCCUACCAGUAAUAGGUUACGAUAGGAAUUCGGGAAGAAAAAGAUGAAUUCGAGCCUAUUCGAGAGAAGAAAGAAUUAGUAACUUAGCUUCAGUAGUUAGCGGACUUCUCCAUUUAGAAUAGAUAAACCUUAAUUUAAUUCAGGUUUCGAAGAUUAAUUAGAAUUUGGAAGAAAGGCUACAUAGGAUGAUAAACUUGGGUUGUCAUUUGGACUUGCACUCACAGGUAAACGCAGACAAAUCGUUGACACGUUUAGCAAUAUUUCUACUCACUAAGAUGAUUCGCUACCAAUAUCUAAUGAUAAAGAUGAUUCCAUGCAAUGCUUCUGA